UCAUCAAUAAGAUAGAUAAAUUAAUUUUGAAAAUAUUAAAUAAUAAAAACAAAUAAUAAAAUAGCAAAGAAAACCAAAAUCAUCAAUAAGAUAGAUGUGGUGUAUUUGGCAACACCGCGGGGCGACCAAAAAGUUAGUCUCAGCCGGUGUGUCCAAGAGGCAACAACGUUUUCACGUGCGGUACCGUGGUCAAAUAAAGAACCUUUAUUUUUGUGAUAUUAAAGUGGAAGUAAUUAACUUUACUGUUUUCUUUCGAAAACCCAGUCCGCCGACAUAUCAUUUUGGCGACGAGGAUGGGAUACCACGAGUAUUCGCGCUAAAGUCUAUGAAGAAACGUGUUACUUUUCCCGGUACGUAAGCGCGACACGCCAGCCGAAAAAAGUUAACAUGGCGUCCUUCGGAAACAUUGAACAUUUCAACGUUAACGAUUCGAAAAGCUGGGACUCUUACAAGGAACGCCUCGACUUUUACUUGACCGCUAACGACAUAACGGACGCGGGAAAGAAAAAGGCCGUAUUUCUGAGCAUCUGCGGACCGGCGACCUACGAUAUAAUUCGAUCGCUCAUAGCACCAAUGAAGGUAACGAAAAAGACUUACGAGGAAAUAAUCAAGGCCUUGUCUGAUCAUUUCGCACCUCGUACGUCAGAGAUCGUUUCCCGAUUCAAGUUUUAUCAGCGGGACCAGCACCCCGAGGAAUCCAUUUCCGUCUACAUCAAAGAGCUACGCCGGUUGGCCGAAAGUUGUGAAUUCGAUAACCUUGAGAUUAUGUUGCGUGAUAGACUCGUAUGCGGCGUGCGCGAUGACGGGCUCCAACGACGACUUCUAGCGGAAGAAAACAUUACCUUCAAAAAAGCGCAUGAUAUGUGCCUUGCUUACGAGGUGGCAGCACGCAGCCUUGCAAUCAUCAAGGAAGGCGGCGGACAAUCAGCUGAUGUGCAUGACGUAAACGCACGCGAAAAGGUAAACAAAGAUCCCUCGAAGCUGAAAACAAGCGUUUCGCGAGUUUCCAAAAGGUGUUUUCGCUGCGAAGAAAAGCACUCCCCAGACUCGUGUGUUUACAAAAACGCAAAGUGCAAAUUUUGCUGGAAAAUAGGACACGUAGAACAUGCAUGUUUCUCAAAGAAAAAACAUUCAAAACAAAAACUAAAAGUGAACCAACAAUCUAGUGAAAGCAGUUUCGAAAACGUGCCACAAAACGAGAACAGUUCGGAAGACCAGGUGUACCAUUUUUCGCUUUACAGUGUGAAAUCGGACAGCAUCACUGGGACAAUUCUCCAAAGGUGAAACCAUGUAAUUUCGACAAUUGGCGAGUGUUACGUGAACGUACAACGGGGACAAAAAAGUGCUACACUUCCACUUAUUGUUACUGAAGGCAAC